AUGGUCGGAACUGUGAAGAUCUCGGAUAUUCCUCUAGAGGCAACCAAAGAUGAUAUCGAUAAAUUCUUUGAUAUGGCAGGGCCAUUUAGCAUAAUCCGAUUUGACCCACCUGUAGCGAUUAUAGCUUUUGAGGAUGACAAUGAUGCUGAUAAAGCUUUAUUUUUAAAUGGAAUGGAGAUCUUGGGAAAAAUUGUUAGCGUAGAGAUGCAUUCUGAAGGAUAGAUUAGAUUAUUUCAGCCCCUCUCUUUCCUCCUGGGGGUACAAACUCUGGUAGUCCUAAUUACCUCUAUCACUUUAAGCCCUUUUUUUGCCGAUGCCAUCAAAAAUAGUGACCUCGGCACUCUCGGGGACAAUCACACAGUCAUGUUUGGAUCUAUCUAUAAUAUAUAAAUACUUAGCCUGGUAGUGCUGAGAGCGUGAGGGAACGCCCACUGACUCCUUUACACUCCCCUACCGUUCAUAGAUCGAAAAUUGGACGCAGGAGUAUGAACUGACUUUGCACCUCCAGUUUUUCCUGUCAUGGUCAAAAAACCAUCCGAACUUCCUCAAAGAAGGAUUAGUUUGCAAGUUACCCAUUAUCUAAUCACCAUUCGCCAUCUUUUAAAAAGUGAUUCUGAAGAAAGAUAUAGAAAAGGGCUAUCAUAUUAUUUCUGAUAAUAUUGCUCAGCCAGCAUUCAGCAGUAUAACUAUCCCUCAAUCUGCUCAGCCUGCAUCCAGCAACAUUACCAUACCAGAAGCAGUCAUUGAAGAGUAUAAAAUGGACUCUACCUUACAUCCCAAUUUAUAUUUGAGAAUUAUAAAAGUUUUAUUCAAACUAGAAUUUUUAGAUACUAUUGGCUACACAAAAUUUACUUUAUAUUUUAUAUUGAAAAUCAUAACCAUUAUUUUACAAUAUAAAUAUUUAAAUAAAUUUUUAAUUAUAGAAACAACUGUUUUCAUUAUUUUAAAUUGAGACAAGGAGCUACAGAAUGUACCAAAAAAAUCUAAGCCUUUGGCAGAAACAACUAAUGAUACCGCGAAGGAGAGGCUUCAAAAUGUAUCUCUUCCAGCGAGACGAAAAUUAGAUGAAAAAGAUCCAUUUGCCAUUCUUAUGAAUUUGAACGUUUCAGGUGUGAUCGCAUUCACUACAUUGGUCUACCUAACAUUAUCAAGCUUUUGGUCUUAA